UCCAGAACCUACCAGAAUCGUUGUCUGUAAUGACAUCGGAAAUCGACGACUUCUCUGUGGUGAAAUCCUCGGUACUCGCGUUUCUAACGGAGUAUGAAAUAGCAAACAGAGCUUACGUUAUCCCAGCAAUAACAACUGACGCGCCAUCCCCGCCUUCCAACUCCCUUAGCUCUGAGCAGUUGGAAGUGCGAAAGAAACGAACGUGGCGUCAGCGACAGCAGCAAGAAGUCUACCAUGCACGCCAAAUUAUCAAACGACUAUCAGCCAGGCUUCAAGAGCUCAAAAACAAGGUGAAAGUAAGCGCAAAAACGAACAGGUUAAAAGGGAAGCGUCAAUCAAUCAAGACAAGUGGAGUACAGAUGUGGAAAAGGAUCGCCGAGCGUCAGUUCCUGCUCCGACAAACCAGUGAGGUGGAGAAUAUCAAGCUACGCAAAGCUGUGAGGUCUCAAAUCCGCCAAGCAACAUCAUUUCAGCGAGCGCUCAGAAAGAGACUGCCUGAAGGUGCAGUGGCAUCGCUAGCGAAUUUAAUCAAGCCAGUCUAAGACUGACAAAUUUCUUCGGAC